GGAUGCCAUCCUUAAGGCAGCCGAGGCAGCGCGCCAGGGGGCUCCAACCGUCGCAACUCGCUCGCGUCCCCGCCUCAAGACGACAACGGAAGCAACAGCCGCCGCCGUUACUGACGAAGAAGUGGCCGUUAACGUAUUGCCGAGAGACAGCAAUGGUGGCGGCAGCAGCAACGACUGUGGCGGUACUACGGCAAGCAGCAGCAGCAGCGGCAGCAGUCAAACACCGGCCUUGCUGUGGGACUUGCUGCGUUUACACCACGUGUUUCUGGCGACGGCCGCAAGCGUGGCCGGUUGCCAGGCCGACGUCCACGUGCCGCCGGUGGCGGACAACGGGGACGGGCCGGGAGACACCGACGAGGACGAGGACGAGGACGGAGAUGACGAUGGCGGCGGCGGCGGCGACGACAACAGCAGCUGUGGUGGCAAUGGCGACGGUGAUGACGGCGCAGCAGCCGCUGACGCUGCCUCCGAUAGUGAAAUGUCCGGUGUUGGCAGCAGAGACGGCAAGGGAGGGGAGGACGAAGAGGAGGAGGACGAGGGGGAAACGGCGGGGUCGCUAGAUGCGGCAUCAUCACGAAAGGCGGCGCCGACCCGGAAACCCGGCAUGCCGCCCCCGCCAACCCCCCAGCAGCAGCCGCAGCCGAGGCCGCGGUCAUCCUCGAAGCAGGUGCCGCCGCCGAAAAAGAACACCACACGAUUUGCCGGGAACUGCCCGGCACCUUUGCGGCCCAGGCGGUAUAGGAACGAGAGCGAGCUCGAUAAGAAGUCGGCGGCGUCAAUGGCGACGGUGAAGAGGAUCAAGCGCCGGAAGAGCGCCGCCGAUCGCGUGUCUGCGGCGGAAAUGGCUGCCCGGGCCUCCACCGCCGCGUCCGCUGCUCGCUCCCGCCUCGCUCUCAUGAGGGCGUGGGAACAGGUGCGUCUACUGCCCGGAGACGUGGCUGGUGGGGUGGGGACACCUGCAACGGUUCCAAAGGACGCGGUAUUGGCGACGGCGGCGGCCGUUAAAGGCGGCGGCAAGGGCGGCGGCAGCGUUGACGAUGUGGGCGGAACGGCCGCCUGCACAAGCGCCGUGCAGCAACGGCAGCCGGCGGCGGUGGCGAAGCAGAGAGCGGCGGCGGAGCGUUGCCUUCGGGCAGCCUGCGGUCUUGCUAGCGCGCGUUCCCGCUCCGCGCUUGGACGGACGGGCGGCACCGCGGGUGGUUUCCUCGCCGGGCCGUUGGCGACGCCGGUGAUCGAUCUACCUCUCGAGCGAGACGUUCGAGCCGCUCUCCUCGAGCCGGAGGGAAGCGGAAAGAUGCACGUUAACGGGGUGAGGCAUGGUCGUGACGAUGUCUCGCGUGGCGGGGUGCAGGGGGUUGCUGGGCAGGCGGCCACCCCCGCCCUUUUCUCCUCCUCUGCCGGCCCCCAUUCCUCCGCGGGAGAGGAGACGUGCCUCUUGUGCGGCGCUCCGAUUCUGAGCGAUGCGGCCGCCGCUGCCGCUGCUGCUGCGGCGGCGGCGCGCGCGGUGGCGGGCGCGGAUGACCCCCGGGCACGCGGCACGAGUUCAAUCGUUUCGACACCCGCGGGGGUUGGAGCCUCGCCUACGGGAGGCGGAGGUGGCGGCGGCGGUGGUGGUGGCGGCGGGAAGGUCGGCUCGAGGACGGCUGGAGAAGAAAACGUCUCGACGAGCGGGGGCAAGGGGGGGGGCGGAGAGGACAGGGUAGUAGCGGGCGCGCUUGAGCUGCCCGGUUGGGUCGUGUGCCGCCGAGGCCACCGCUUCCGGAGGAGCAUGGAUACCCUCGCACCGAUACCCGGGGUGGGCUACAGGCGGUGCGAGGUUUGCAGAUGCGUGAGGUCGUUAUCGCGUUCCUGCCGUGAUGAGGAAGACGGAUUGGGGGUGGGUGGUUCGGGGGGCUCGUCGGCGGAAUUGGCGUCGCCCCCGGACGGCAGCACGUGCGUGUUUUGCAACGUCAUGCUCGCGUCGUCCGGUAGCGCCGUUAGUUGGCGGGCUUGAGAUUGAGGGGCUGUUUUACGGAAUAGGUAGAGGUAGAGGUUCGUCGCGCAUUCGUGAGUUACGCCACACGGGGUGGCCGGUGUUACUCAAUUUGUGAUUCGACGUAGCACUUUAAGGUGCCCCUGGCUUCACACAGGAGGAUCAGGGAUCAGUCGUUUUGAUGUCCUCCAGCUCAAAAGGCCGCUUGUUCGCUCGGUACGCGAG